UCCUCUCUACUAAUGUACUGUCAUCUGUAGUGUUGGAGUCCUCUCUAAUGUACUGUCAUCUGUAGUGUGUUGGAGUCCUCUCUAAUGUACUGUCAUCUGUAGUGUGUUGUAGUCCUCUCUACUAAUGUACUGUCAUCUGUAGUGUGUUGGAGUCCUCUCUAAUGUACUGUCAUCUGUAGUGUGUUGUAGUCCUCUCUACUAAUGUACUGUCAUCUGUAGUGUGUUGGAGUCCUCUCUACUAAUGUACUGUCAUCUGUAGUGUGUUGUAGUCCUCUCUACUAAUGUACUGUCAUCUGUAGUGUGUUGUAGUCCUCUCUACUAAUGUACUGUCAUCUGUAGUGUGUUGGAGUCCUCUCUACUAAUGUACUGUCAUCUGUAGUGUGUUGGAGUCCUCUCUAAUGUACUGUCAUCUGUAGUGUGUUGGAGUCCUCUCUACUAAUGUACUGUCAUCUGUAGUGUGUUGUAGUCCUCUCUACUAAUGUACUGUCAUCUGUAGUGUGUUGGAGUCCUCUCUAAUGUACUGUCAUCUGUAGUGUGUUGGAGUCCUCUCUACUAAUGUACUGUCAUCUGUAGUGUUGGAGUCCUCUCUAAUGUACUGUCAUCUGUAGUGUGUUGGAGUCCUCUCUACUAAUGUACUGUCAUCUGUAGUGUUGGAGUCCUCUCUAAUGUACUGUCAUCUGUAGUGUGUUGGAGUCCUCUCUACUAAUGUACUGUCAUCUGUAGUGUGUUGUAGUCCUCUCUACUAAUGUACUGUCAUCUGCAGUGUGUUGGAGUCCUCUCUAAUGUACUGUCAUCUGUAGUGUGUUGGAGUCCUCUCUAAUGUACUGUCAUCUGUAGUGUGUUGGAGUCCUCUCUACUAAUGUACUGUCAUCUGUAGUGUGUUGGAGUCCUCUCUACUAAUGUACUGUCAUCUGUAGUGUGUUGUAGUCCUCUCUACUAAUGUACUGUCAUCUGUAGUGUGUUGGAGUCCUCUCUAAUGUACUGUCAUCUGUAGUGUGUUGGAGUCCUCUCUACUAAUGUACUGUCAUCUGUAGUGUGUUGUAGUCCUCUCUACUAAUGUACUGUCAUCUGUAGUGUGUUGGAGUCCUCUCUACUAAUGUACUGUCAUCUGUAGUGUGUUGGAGUCCUCUCUAAUGUACUGUCAUCUGUAGUGUGUUGGAGUCCUCUCUACUAAUGUACUGUCAUCUGUAGUGUUGGAGUCCUCUCUACUAAUGUACUGUCAUCUGUAGUGUGUUGGAGUCCUCUCUAAUGUACUGUCAUCUGUAGUGUGUUGGAGUCCUCUCUACUAAUGUACUGUCAUCUGUAGUGUUGGAGUCCUCUCUAAUGUACUGUCAUCUGUAGUGUGUUGGAGUCCUCUCUACUAAUGUACUGUCAUCUGUAGUGUGUUGUAGUCCUCUCUACUAAUGUACUGUCAUCUGUAGUGUUGGAGUCCUCUCUAAUGUACUGUCAUCUGUAGUGUUGGAGACCUCUCUAAUGUACUGUCAUCUGUAGUGUGUUGGAGUGCAUUUGAAUGACAAAUCAUCAAUAUUGAAUCUCUGUAUCUCUUUUCUCUGCAGGCUGAUGUGAGGGGACGAUGAUGAGGACAGGCCAUGGUGAGGUGUGACUCAGGACCCAGCGCUGGGGAGGGCACCUGGAACAUUGAUGGACUCUGGAUAUAGAGGUCAGAUGGUGUUCUGAACGAGACAUGGGUAGCUACUGUAGCUGUCCUGACAAAGACUUCCCUGAUAAGCAUCAGAGCAAAUUCAAGGUGAUAAAUGUGGAUGACGAUGGUAAUGAGUUGGGCUCAGGCUUGAUGGAGCUGACAGAGGAGGAGCUUAUCCUCCACACCAGGAAACGUGACACCGUCAAGUGGCCUUACCUCUGUCUGCGUCGCUACGGUUACGACUCCAACCUCUUCUCCUUCGAGAGCGGGCGACGAUGCCAGACUGGACAGGGUAUCUUUGCCUUCAAGUGUGUGAGGGCAGAGGAGAUGUUCAACGUGCUGCAGGACAUCAUGCACAACAACAGCAUCAGUGUAGUGGAGGAGCAGGUGGUGGAGCUCAACCCUAUAGAGACUACUGAGAUGUCCCGCAAACCACACACUGCUGCUGCUGGCUACUCUGUACCCACGUUACCGAACGGUAUAGGACGCUACCCGUCGUUUGGUGAGGCCUCGUCGCGCCCUUCUAGCCGACACCCGUCUGUAGGCAGCGCCAGGCUGCCCUCAGUGGGAGAGGAGUCAUCACACCCCCUCCUGGUCUCAGACCAGUCGGUCCACACCUACGUAAACACUCCUGGGAUACAGGAUGACCGGCGCACUCGCCCCAGCAGCCACACCCUCUUGGAACUGCGGCUGUCCAAUCCGGAGACGACCUCCUCGCUAGCCACCGCCCCUCCGUCUCCCACGGAGACAGACAUGGAUACGGAGCAUCAGGUGCUGCUGGAGCCAGAAGGGGUUAAAUUCAUCCUGGGUCCCACCCCGGCUCAGAGGAGGCAGAAGCAGAACCCUGGGGAUGAGGACAGGGAGGCUGGGUCCACACGUUCUGGGGAUGAGGACAGGGAGGCUGGGUCCAGACGUUCUGGGGAUGAGGACAGGGAGGCUGAGUCCAGACGUUCUGGGGAUGAGGACAGGGAGGCUGAGUCCAGACGUUCUGGGGAUGGAGAGAUGGUGCUUGGGGUGUCUGGGUCCAGACGUUCUGGGGAUGGAGAGAUGGAGCUUGGGGUGUCUGGGUCUAACGAUGAGCCCAGCUCGACAGCUUCCUCUGGGGGUCUGAACGGGAACGACUGUGUGGCGGGCGCCACCCUGGGUCUCCAGGCAGGAGACUGUGAUACGGGCUAUGACAGUGAUGAACGCAAAGACGGGCCCCCUCCCCCUCUUCCUCCGAACCCAAACCCUCCACCUCUCCCAGGGCCCAAACCCAGCACCAUCUCCACCUAUGAGCACCACAACGGCAACACCAGCCAUCCUUAUGUUUCCACCCCUGUUCCAGCCCCCAACCCCCGGCGUAACCGCCCCGCCAUCCCCCUCCCUGACUCCUCCCACAAUGCCAACAACUCCGCCCAGCGGCGCACGGCGCUCCUUAACUACGAGAACCUCCCGGCGCUGCCGCCGGUGUGGGAGACCGCCAGGCGCUUCUCCGAGGGAGACGAGGAGGACGAAGAGGAGGUGUAUCACGGAUAUGGACCAAAGACGCCCUCCCUUAACGGCUACCACAACCACCACCACCAUCCUCACCACCAUCAUCAUCACCUUCAUCACCACGGUCUGGGUCUGGACCCCAUGCACAACUACGUCAACACAGAGAAUGUAAAUGUCUCGCUCAGCGCCAAACUGGACUCUGCGCGGAUCCUUCCGCGGGGGCGGGACUCUAGCGGCGUCUGUUUGACCCCCACCGUCUUUAACUUUGACUUCCGGUCGGGGCGAUUGGCGGGUGGACCGUGUGGGUUGGGGUUGGAUCCCCUGAGGCAGCUGAACUACAUUGAGUUGGAGAUGGAGAAGGGUUCGGACUCCAGUGGGCCGCAGACACCCAAGACCCCCACCACCCCCUGUGGCCUCGGCCUGGGCAGUCUCCUCCUCCCCCCCUCCACCCCCACGCGGAGGACCGAACUGUACGCCAUGAUCGACAUGGAGCGCACGGCGGCCAUGUCGAGCCUUCAGAAAGCACUGCCCCGUGACGACGGUACCUCUAGGAAAACCAGACACAACAGUACUGACCUUCCUAUGUGAACUUCACCACGCCCUACCAUACCUAGCCUACCAAGCACUGACCGCAAAUGGAACCCUAUUCCCUAUAUAGUGCACUACUAUACACCAGAACCCUAUUCCCUAUAUAGUGCACUACUAUAGACCAGAACCCUAUUCCCUAUAUAGUGCACUACUUUAGACCAGCACUAUUCAUAAAGUGCCUGAGAGUAGGAGUGCUGAUCUUAGAUCAGUUUGACCUUUUUAGACAAUAAGGAAUCCGAUGACCUGGACAGGGGGGGACGGGGGGGUGGAUCUGAUCCUAGAUCAGCCCUUCUACUCUGAGAACCCAGGGCCCAGAGGGUUCUGGUCAAAAUGAGUGCAUAACGACCCAGGGCCCAGAGGAUUCUGGUCAAAAUGUGUACAUAACGACCCAGGGCCCAGAGGAUUCUGGUCAAAAUGAGUACAUAACGACCCAGGGCCCAGAGGGUUCUGGUCAAAAUGAGUGCAUAACGACCCAGGGCCCAGAGGAUUCUGGUCAAAAUGUGUACAUAACGACCCAGGGCCCAGAGGAUUCUGGUCAAAAUGAGUACAUAACGACCCAGGGCCCAGAGGGUUCUGGUCAAAAUGAGUGCAUAACGACCCAGGGCCCAGAGGGUUCUGGUCAAAAUGAGUACAUAACGACCCAGGGCCCAGAGGGUUCUGGUCAAAAUGAGUACAUAACGACCCAGGGCCCAGAGGAUUCUGGUCAAAAUGAGUACAUAACGACCCAGGGCCCAGAGGAUUCUGGUCAAAAUGAGUACAUAACGACCCAGGGCCCAGAGGGUUCUGGUCAAAAUGAGUACAUAACGACCCAGGGCCCAGAGGGUUCUGGUCAAAAUGAGUACAUAACGACCCAGGGCCCAGAUGGUUCUGGUCAAAAUGAGUACAUAACGACCCAGGGCCCAGAGGGUUCUGGUCAAAAUGAGUACAUAACGACCCAGGGCCCAGAGGGUUCUGGUCAAAAUGAGUGCACUACAUAGGGAAUAGUGAUCCAUUUGGGACAGAACCACUGUCGGGUUCUUCAGUUGCACCUUGACCUGUGACCCUUGUUGUUGUUGUCAUACUUUGUUUUACCUCCAAACUGAAGAAAAAAACACAACAUUUGAAGACAGAAGGGCUGCAGAUUUGUUGCAAUAAAUAAAAAAUAAAAAAAGAUUUUAAAAUGUCUUAUUCCUUCACAAGGAGUUACACUGUGUCCUGAUAGUAACCUGGUCCCAGACCUGUUUGUGCCAGUCUGUGUCAUGACAAGGAGUUACACUGUGUCCUGAUAGUAACCUGGUCCCAGACCUGUUUGUGCCAGUCUGUGUCAUGACAAGGAGUUACACUGUGUCCUGGUAGUAACCUGGUCCCAGACCUGUUUGUGCCAGUCUGUGUCAUGACAAGGAGUUACACUGUGUCCUGAUAGUAACCUGGUCCCAGACCUGUUUGUGCCAGUCUGUGUCAUGACAAGGAGUGGCAUGAUGGCACAAGCAGACUGGUACCCAGGCUAUACUGAAAGGGGACUGAUGGUACCAGGUACACACCAAUAUAACACUAUUUGAUUCCUGAGGUCAUUUGAUACCUAAUUAAAAAAGGGAGUGAAACACCUUGACUUCUAGCCUGGUCCCAGAUCAGUCUGUGCUCUUGUCUACUCCUUCGCUGUCAAUUGUCAAGCCAAACAAAUGAGUGACAGGGCGUUGGCAUGACGGCACAAACAGACUGGUACCCAGGCUACCUGUUAUUCCGAGUGCCUGUGUAAGUUUAGCUUGCAGGUGAUGUGCCAAACAGAGAGGUCUCUUUGAAUGACGGACCUCCUCACCAAUCUCUCUCUCGGUACCAAUCUUUUAUAGUGCCGAUCAUGAACUGAAAUGAUGUUAAAGUCAACACUCGUGUCGCUAUUUGAAGGUGACUUCCUUGUUGCCCUAAUGGCUGUGGACUCCAAUGGUGUGUAAUGUUAGUGGGCCUACCAGGGUUGGGCUCAAUUCCAUUUAAAUACUCCAAUGGUGUGUAAUGUUAGUGGGCCUACCAGGGUUGGGCUCAAUUCCAUUUAAAUACUCCAAUGGUGUGUAAUGUUAGUGGGCCUACCAGGGUUGGGCUCAAUUCCAUUUAAAUACUCCAAUGGUGUGUAAUGUUAGUGGGCCUACCAGGGUUGGGCUCAAUUCCAUUUAAAUACUCCAAUGGUGUGUAAUGUUAGUGGGCCUACCAGGGUUGGGCUCAAUUCCAUUUAAAUACUCCAAUGGUGUGUAAUGUUAGUGGGCCUACCAGGGUUGGGCUCAAUUCCAUUUAAAUACUCCAAUGGUGUGUAAUGUUAGUGGGCCUACCAGGGUUGGGCUCAAUUCCAUUUAAAUACUCCAAUGGUGUGUAAUGUUAGUGGGCCUACCAGGGUUGGGCUCAAUUCCAUUUAAAUACUCCAAUGGUGUGUAAUGUUAGUGGGCCUACCAGGGUUGGGCUCAAUUCCAUUUAAAUACUCCAAUGGUGUGUAAUGUUAGUGGGCCUACCAGGGUUGGGCUCAAUUCCAUUUAAAUACUCCAAUGGUGUGUAAUGUUAGUGGGCCUACCAGGGUUGGGCUCAAUUCCAUUUAAAUACUCCAAUGGUGUGUAAUGUUAGUGGGCCUACCAGGGUUGGGCUCAAUUCCAUUUAAAUACUCCAAUGGUGUGUAAUGUUAGAGGGCCUACCAGGGUUGGGCUCAAUUCCAUUUAAAUACUCCAAUGGUGUGUAAUGUUAGAGGGCCUACCAGGGUUGGGCUCAAUUCCAUUUAAAUACUCCAAUGGUGUGUAAUGUUAGUGGGCCUACCAGGGUUGGGCUCAAUUCCAUUUAAAUACUCCAAUGGUGUGUAAUGUUAGAGGGCCUACCAGGGUUGGGCUCAAUUCCAUUUAAAUACUCCAAUGGUGUGUAAUGUUAGAGGGCCUACCAGGGUUGGGCUCAAUUCCAUUUAAAUACUCCAAUGGUGUGUAAUGUUAGUGGGCCUACCAGGGUUGGGCUCAAUUCCAUUUAAAUACUCCAAUGGUGUGUAAUGUUAGAGGGCCUACCAGGGUUGGGCUCAAUUCCAUUUAAAUACUCCAAUGGUGUGUAAUGUUAGUGGGCCUACCAGGGUUGGGCUCAAUUCCAUUUAAAUACUCCAAUGGUGUGUAAUGUUAGAGGGCCUACCAGGGUUGGGCUCAAUUCCAUUUAAAUACUCCAAUGGUGUGUAAUGUUAGAGGGCCUACCAGGGUUGGGCUCAAUUCCAUUUAAAUACUCCAAUGGUGUGUAAUGUUAGUGGGCCUACCAGGGUUGGGCUCAAUUCCAUUUAAAUACUCCAAUGGUGUGUAAUGUUAGAGGGCCUACCAGGGUUGGGCUCAAUUCCAUUUAAAUACUCCAAUGGUGUGUAAUGUUAGAGGGCCUACCAGGGUUGGGCUCAAUUCCAUUUAAAUACUCCAAUGGUGUGUAAUGUUAGAGGGCCUACCAGGGUUGGGCUCAAUUCCAUUUAAAUACUCCAAUGGUGUGUAAUGUUAGAGGGCCUACCAGGGUUGGGCUCAAUUCCAUUUAAAUACUCCAAUGGUGUGUAAUGUUAGAGGGCCUACCAGGGUUGGGCUCAAUUCCAUUUAAAUACUCCAAUGGUGUGUA